GUAUUCGCUCUGUAAAAAAUUACUGUCAUCUGCUUACUUUAUCUACGAGUCCAUAUAAGAGUGCCAAUAGUUCAGCGCCGUACGCUUGAGCGGCAAUACACACAAGUUGUUUAUCGAGAAGUGUAGAUCUACGUACGUCGUAUCUGACCACUACGUCGCCGCGCCUGCUCUUUUCAUCCUAAUUGAUAUUGUUCCGGAUUUGUUAAACACCUCAGCGAGUCAUAGAUAGGCAGGACAACCCAACACAGAAAUACUGAACAUCGUUGCCAACACGGUGCACUUAGACGCCAGCAACGUCUGAUGGCGGCCAUCUCCGCCCAGUCGUUCUUCGAACGCGAAGGGAUACAUUCGCAGAAUGUAGAAGAGUACUUCUUACGUGGGGGUGGAGUAAACGAAGAAUACGAGGUUGUGACUAUAUCGUCAACUGAUAACAACGCCGUAAGGGAGGAGGUUCGCGAUACAGACGCCUAUAGCGGGUCUCUCUUGUCUCAGCAGCAAGACAAGUCUGGUGGUGCUGAGGUCUAUAGCACAGUCCGGACGCUUCGCGGGGCCGGAAACGUCGCCGCGGAAUACUACAGGACCGAGGCAGAGGCCGAGGCAGAGGCCGAAACCGAGGCCGAAACCGAAGUUGAAGGUGCCGAGUACUAUGCGAACGCCGACGCAUGCACUGGCACGUAUGCAGAGUAUGCAGAGUACGCGGAGACUGCGGACGUCGACUCAUCGGCUGGCCACGAUGAUCACACAGAAUAUAAUAGGCUUAGAGGCGGUGCCGGGGCAAAUGAGUAUGAGGUAGCCGACGUGGAGGAAUAUGAUGCCGGAUUGGAGACUGAAGAGUUCAGCACUGCAGGAGCGGAAGAGUAUGGUGCCGCAGGUGCCGAUGAGGACGGCAAUGAAAAUGCAGGUCGGCAAGAUCCCGGAUUGCGCGGUGGCGCCGGAUACGAGUAUGCUGCAUAUGACGCAGAAACAGUAGACGCGGAUACAGACGCCGACGCGUACACUACCGGCGCGGACGAAGGUCGUGCAGAGGAGAAUGGUUACGGUUUAAGAGGUGGUGGUGGCGUUGAAGAGUGCGGAGCAGCAGAAUACAGCUAUGCUAGAUAUGACGAGGAAGGACAAAACACAUACGGGGCUGGCGCGUAUGAUGAGCAUGCAAGCUCCUACGAAGGACAGAUUUACGACGAUAGGCACGCAGAGGCUACAGAGAGGUACGAACAUGGAGCUGGAAGUGAAGGUACCUGCGCGCUUCGUGGCGGUUCGGCGGAGGACGCCUCAGCUGGGAUUGAGGAGUUCGCAACAGCGGCAGACUCCAAUGAGGACGAAAAUGCUACUGAGGCUGAAUAUUAUGAGACUGAUGGCCCCGUCGACGGUCCUGCGGACCCGAACGGGGUAUACUGGGGCCUUCGUGGUAGUGGAGCGAUUGAGGUUGCUACUCCUCCGGAGCAAAUUCCAGUCGACGAAAACGGAAACGUCGUUGGGGCGUAUGUCGUUCCGAUGUAUCCAGACGUGGGAGGGCAGUACCAAACGUAUCAGCAGGACCAGGGAGGCUAUAUCGUUCAGGUAAUGCAACCAGUGAUACAACCUGUGAUGCAAGAGGCUGUCGGUCAACAGCCUAUAGUUUACACUAUUGAUACAGAAGCAGCGAUGGCGGCUUACCAACAGCCUGCCAUCGAUGGAUCACACACGGCGGGACAAAUCAGCAUGGUGAUUGAUCUCAAUGCGAUUGCCCAGGCUGCACAGAAUGUACAGAUCGAUGCAAGUGGCCAACCCGUGGUCCUAUCUAUGAUCGGAGGACCACAAGGGGGUAUUGCAAAUCAGAUCGUGCCGAUGGGCGUUCCCAUAGGGGCACCACCGCCACCACCGCCGCCACCACCGCCACCGCCACCACCGCCGCCUCAAGCAGAACCACAACUAUCAGACCCGCAACCAGCACCAUCAGCAGUAGCACCAUUAUCGCAACCAGCACCAUCAGCAGUAGCACCAUCAGCAGUAGCACCAUUAUCGCAACCAGCACCAUCAGCAGUGGCACCAUUAUCGCAACCAGCACCAUCAGCAGUAGCACCAUUAUCGCAACCAGCACCAUCAGCAGUAGCACCAUUAUCGCAACCAGCAGCGCCGCCAAAAACAUCACAACCACUUAAAUCAUCUUCAUUAUCAUCAGCACUGCCCCAACCACAGUCUCUGCCUCCAGCAAAAAAUUCGGCUCCACCUCUGGCGAAAAGCAAGGCCUCAGCAAUUAAGACCUCCAAGGUCAAAGCCUCAAUCCCGCCAGUUAAAGCUAAAGGUCAGGAAAACGCCGCGAUGAAAAGCGUGGUCAUGGCGAAGGUGGUUACAGGAAAAACCAGUGUGAAGGACGCGAAAAGCAAAUCUGUUGCCUCGAAGGCUAAGAGCAAGAUUAUUUGAAUAUCGUCGAAAGGAUUGGUCGUGACCGGCCUUUGCUGCUGAGAUAAAGAUGCAUGCAAGUGAGUCAGGCCUCCAUUGUCAUAUCGUCGCGAGUACUUGCGAACAAAUAAAAACAUAAACC